AUGUAUGACCUGGAUCCUCCCCUAGUCGCCUUGCUGUUUGCUAGCAAAGUACCCCAAGGCAGAGGUCAAGUUUGUCGCUAUGAUGACGGCUCCGGAGAAGAGAUCAAUGUUCCUCUUGGUACGACUGCCUUUAUCGGGGGGUAUCGGAUGUACAAUAUGCUCUCCGAGGGCGACAAAGAAUUUGUUCGAACCACCUUUAUCGAGUAUGCUCCGCAUCCGUACAUCUGGAUGAGCAAGGCGCAUUCAAGUUCCAAUGGGCUUGGUCUAUUCUCAGAAGGCCUAGAAAUUCCUAACGCAAAUCUACCCAUGAUUCACCAAGAAAAGAUCAAAAAGUAUCCAAUAGCUUAG